CAUUUCAGGCGGUUCAUACGAAAACAUCCUCACCGCAUUCUCUGCUAAACCAAUUAGCCAAAUUGACCGUUUUCAUGACUUUAUUGUGCUAGCGAAGUGAUACAGACAAGUCAACCCGUGUGAAUUUAAAUUUAGACUGCUUUCGGCUUUAGCGACGGUCUUAAAAUGGCAGGUUUAUCAGAGGAGCGUUUGCGCGUGGUGGCGAUCAUUCACGCGCUGAAAGCAGUCGGCAUCCGCGUGAAAACCUGGAAGAACUUUCUGAAUGGAGACUCGAACGCUGAACAAACUUUAAGUCAGGACAGUGUGUCACAACGCUUUGCUUUUGGACGUAACCUGCACUUGCUCCCUCAGUAUCAACUGUCAGACAUGGGCGGUACAGUACCUCAGUUCUUGGUGGAGGCAUGUGAGUAUCUGUUACAACAUCUGAAUACAGAGGGCCUGUUCAGGAAGACUGGAUCCUUGAGUCGCAUCCGUGCAUUAAGGGCAGAUCUGGAGCAGGGAAAGCCAGUCUUCGAUUCCCCUUAUGCAGCCCACCUGCAGCCCUGUGACGUGGCCUCCCUCAUCAAACAGUUCCUGCGUGAGCUGCCAUCUCCCCUGAUCCAUACCGACCUUCAGAACCCUCUGAUUCAAGCCCAGGGACUUGAGAUGUCACAUGACCAGGAGGGAGCGAGAAACAGAACAACUCUGCUCAUAACCGCUCUGUUUCCUUCAUCCAAUGCCCUCACGCUCCGAUACCUCUGCACCUUUCUACGUCAGGCUGCAGAGAGAUGCAGUGAGAACAGAAUGGACGUGAGCAGUCUGGCAGUCGUGAUUGUUCCUAAUCUACUUCAGUGUCUCACUCAACCUUCCAAGCUGACAAUGGAUACUGAGAAACAUCUGGAGCAGCAGGCCGCAGUGAUCAAGUCCCUCAUUCUUUAUGCAGAUCGUAUUGGUGUUGUCCCAUUAUGUGUACUGGAGGCAUCAAAAGCAACAGGGAAGACAGAGACACCUUCUCCUACAGGUGGCUCUAUGUUCAGUAAGAGGACAGAACUCGGUGUAUACAGAAGUCUGAGACGGCAACGGCGGCGAAGUGUAGGUGAAAUAUUUUUUGAUGCUUUUUCCAAACUGAAGCCGUGUCGUACUCCCACUGGACCACUGAUAUCCUUAGAUGUCAUGUCAGACUCUCCACUCUCAAAAAGACCCACUCCUCAAUCACCAGUUACAGUCAAGCGCAAAGCCACGCGGGAGACUGUUCCUAAACUUCAAGGAUCUGCCAAAAAAAGGCCUUCUUUGCAUGAUUUAAGAGAGGAUACACAGUCUUCCAUCAGCCAGCCAACAGAAGAGUCCACAAGCAGUCAUUGUCAACCGGAAGAAAAGAGUAUCAAGGAAGAUACAAUUCCCACCACUUACAAGAAGAGAAACCAGAUGAGAGAACACAGGAAGUCACUUCGGCCUUCAAUACAAGAAGAAAAGGUUCAUCAGAGAAAAAGAUCUCUCAGAUUUAUCAGUGUGACCAGUGGCAACAACAGCAGCAAUGCAUCAAUGACACCAGCAAACAAAGACCCUGAAAACUGCAGCUUACAGAGUGCUGCUGUAUCUCUAAAGAUACCAUUUACUCUCACUGAUGGACCAGGAGGAGUUUUUCUGAAAGCCCAAAUGACUGUCUAAACAUGGAACCUGAAGCUUCUCAAAUUCAAAGACAGGACAUUGAGGAACCCUGUGAAGAUGAAUGCUGAACCAUACUUGAAGAUGAGAACUUUGAACAGCUAAGAAAAUAUGAAGUAAUAGAACCGGUCACUCAAAAUGAGAGCAAGGAGGUUAAUGAAACUACAGGAGAGCAAUAUGUGCCAGAUAUGAAGAAGGAAGAACAGUCACUUAAAGAAUCCAAAGAAAUGAAGAAGAGCUCUAAGAACUGAUCCCCUCCUCAUAGAUCCAUAAGCUUGCCUGAGGUGAUGCUGGAGUUUUGUUGUGAUGAGGUGCCUGAACUGGACAAAGUAGUUGGUAGAGGGGAACCUGAAAUGGAUAACAAUAUCUGGCCAAUGUUUGAAAGUUUAACUGUUUCAAAUAAGCAGGAAAAUGAAAGUGUAACCAUGGAGAAGCAGAAGGUGGGUAGCAAAGUAAUGGAAGGGCAAGAGACAAAAGGAAACAUUAAAGUGCUAAAGAACUAUAAACAAGACAAAAUGGCAGAUUCAGCUCUUGGUUUCAAAAGACCUCAUCAGUGUUUGUCCAUGGUUGAGCGACUUAGAGGCUUUACUGCUUUUACCUUGCUUCUCUGGCCAUCAUGGGCAGCACCUCAGUUCAAGGAGAAAUCCCAGGAAGGCCUUCAGAGGGGGGACUACACGUCUUCGAAGGCAGGGUACGCCUCAAUUCGGCAGAUCAAUCAGUCAUGGAGUAUCGGAGAGACCACCAGAGCACAGCCCUGAAAGAUCUCCACCAACAAAUCAGGCUUUCAUAGGAAUGUGUGUAGCUAGCCCAGAUUCAGGUGUGGAGUCUGUUGAUCAAGUACCAAUUAAUGAUUUGUGUCAUCAAGAAGUCUGCAAGAUUCAUUGGUCAUAGAAUUCCCCCAAAGCUCCACCAAUAAAUCAUGAGAAUGUGGAUUGCUUCCCAGUAAGCUCAGAGAGAAAUCAUGACCCAGUGUCUAAGAUGGACAGACUUUGUAAGCAAUCAGAGCAUCUGGAUGUUGAGGGAGAUCUUUAUAAACUGUUGGAUGAGAAGUGCCACAUUGGUGAUCAAAAGCAAGUACAUCUGGAUUCUAGUGCUUUUCAUCCUUCUGUGGGACAUCAAACUGUAUUACCUGAUCUUGAAUCUCCAACAUUCUUCCAGCAUAUGGUGCCACUGAAUCCCUUUGAGGACACGGGUUCAGUCGAAGACUUUAAAAUGAAUAAAGUCUCUCUGCAGACUAAAGAAAAGGAUACAUCCUCAUUGCUGGAUGCCAGUCCUCGAUUCGAGUUUCCAGCUUUUGCAUCUCUGGCUCUCGGCUUUUCUGAAGAUGACACAAAUAACAGCUUGCCUUGUGCAUUCUCCCCUCCAAUCUUUCAUUUCAGACGUCCGACCACAAGGAGACGCUACAGGGACUCUCCCUGCUGGCCCUCACAUGAAGUCCACUUUUCUGCUUGGAACCCCUUGCCCCUUUAAACUUUCUAGUUCUUGAAAUUAAUUUAUUGCCUUAAUAUCACUUGGAUCAGAAUCUAGAUUGUAUAAUCAUAUAAUUAUUAUUUGUGGAACAAUGUUUUUUUUUUUUGGAAGAAGAUGUCUCAUCAUUUUUUCUUUGUUCUUAAUAAAAUCUGUUUUAAUAGUUCACUUAUUUUUUUCUAGGAGGUCAAUUUAGAUCAGAUUAAACUAUUAAACAUCUAUGAUGACAUGAUGGCUGUAAGGAUCUGCAAUUAAAGCUCUUUGCAAGUUUAGCAACUAAAAUUGGUUUAUAUCUUCAGUAGAGUUUGUUUGGGCAACUUUUUAAAAGAACGUUAAACAUUUCAGGGUGAAUAUAAGUUAAGCUGUCCUGACAGCAUCUGUGGCAUAUUGUUGAUUACCACAGAAUUUUAUUUCCAUUCAAACCUUGUUUUCUAAAACCAAAAUAUAUGUUGACAGUUAUGCACUCACAAUGGAAGUCUAGGGGGCAAGUGUUGAAAGGUUGCACCAUGCACCUCCAUUGUAAGAGCACAUCUGUCAACACAUUUUGCUUGAUUGUU